AUGCUCGGCACCAGAUACUAUCGGACAUUUGAUGAAAUCGAAAACGUCAAGGUCAAAGUUCGUCUUGCGAUCGUCAAGUCGACGCACAACAGAGGACCGCUGAAGCAGAAGGGGUCAAAGCACUCCAAGGGAUCGCAUUCAAAGCUCCCAGCAGUCGAGCAGUCGAUCUCGUGGCAGCAAAAGAUCUACAGCCCCGCCGACUUGAUCCAUUUCCAGGAAAGCGGAAUAGUAGCGCAGCUGUACCCGAAUACGCCUUCAGUCGAGCAGGUUCUGUCCAAGAAGCACUCCAGGCAGGCCAAGGUCGCCAGCCACGGUAUCCAGGAACAGGAUGAGCCCUACAUAUUCACAUACGUGCAUCAAGACGAAUACGCGGCUGGUGUGGCGACGGCUGAUUUGGUGAUUGGCCCCGAUGGUCAAUCGCGGAAACUGAGGAGCCCGACGGACUCUCAUAAGCCAAAGGACCAAAGCCUGUUCCAAGAAAUGUUCAUCGUCGCUUGCUUGAAGCUAGAUAUACACAAUCGAGAGACCAAAGUCGUCCACGGCAAGACCGUCAGCGAGCCUGUUGUUGUGAACCAUGUCCUCUGCAAGAUUCAGGGAUUCACGAAUGGCUUGGUUGAAAUGACACCAGGGCUCACCGAAGGCGACACACCCUAUCGGUUCAGCUUCGGGGCCAAUGACUACGAGCUGUUCAUCAAAAACGACUCGCAGGAGCUGACACUGGCUGAUGAAGACCGCGAGCGCACUUUCUACCAGGACUUUUACUCGAGGCGGUCAUCGAUCCGCGCACUCGCUAUCGGGAAGGAGUUCUCGGUAGUUCCGGAAGAAUUCUCAAGCAAACUCUCCGUUAUUGGCGAGAUUGGAAGUGCCCGCGGCUUCCCGACCGACGAAUUAUUCGUGGAGUUUGCAGUCGAGUUUGACCCAACGACCUGGGUGCUUCCCGAGGCUAUUGGACUCGAUCAUCUCACUGGGCGGUCGAGUCGGUCGCAGUGCCGGUGGAGCAAGGAUGACCAAGAGUUCCAAUUUGUUCUGGGCUUGCCGCUGGAGGUUCACAUCUUUGCCCGGAAACAAAAUGCGCGACCACCAAUUAUAUUUUUCCAAGUCGGUUCGAUCGACAGCUGGGAUCGGUACACCUUCCAUGGAUACGGAUAUCUGCUCCUUCCAGACACACCAGGGACACACAUGCUCAAUGUGCCGACCUGGAAGCCGGCGCCAACGCAAUCAUCAAAGAUGGCCGAGUAUUUCCUUGGAAACUGGCCAGAGGUUCAAACCACCAUCUAUCCUGACAUUCCCACGCACAAGACGAUUCCGGCGCUGAACCACUGUGGUACUCGAAUCUGCACAUCUGGGUCUUUGUCACUCCGGCUAAAUGUGGCCAAGCAAGUGCAUAGUGCACGCUCUGGCGAAGGUGCUGUGGACGAUAGAUUUGAGUCUGAGAAGUCAAGAGCAAUAUCCGAUGCACUGAUGAGGGCCAAAGCGAGACUCGAAAGCAUCAGAGCCGAAAAGACAGGCAUGUGGCAGGGAUCUGGACAGGGUCUGCGCCAUACGAACAGCCAGUGACAUGCUGGAG